UGGGUGCUUCGAGUGUGCAGAUCGAGGUGAUCCGUGGAAGGUGCCGCUGGUCGAUCUGAGAUUAUCAGAUCGUCAGUGGUGUGAGGGUAUGCGGGUGUGCGGGUGAGUUCCGCAAUCUCUGCGAGUCAGAAUAUUCUCGAGCAAAUUCACCAUUUCGAACUUUAUUUUUGAACGUUUGCUCCCUUCGGCACGAUGACCGAAUCCAUCGCCAACCAAGACAACUCAGACCCAGUCGCCUACACGUGCACAUGUCCGGCACAGACUGAGGGUGGGCAAGUGUUGCUAUUCUACCGCUACUGGGCCAAUACACCUGCCUUGCCUCCUGAGCAUGCAUCCAAAAUCCACAACCCUCAGGCCCUCACCGACUUUCACAGGCAGCUUGUAUCCGAACUGCAAACAGGAGGAAAAAUUCGCAUCGCGAUUGAAGGGUUCAACAUCACGGUCGGUGGGACAAGAUCUGCGAUCGAGGGGUACAUCGAAGCAUGCUGCGCACACUGGUCAUUCGCGGGCAUCGAUCUUAUCACUCCCUCAGCGCGCGAUGCGUACUUCAAACCCACACCAGGCUGCGCAUGUGCGUUCAACGGCAAAGCGUCUGUCAGAGUGACAGCUGAAAUAACGCCAUUGGGAGUCACUAACUACGCGCCCUCAUCAUGGUCAAAUGUUAUUUCCCUGCCGCCCGCAGAGUUUCAUGACCUCCUCAAGAAGGGGGAUAUACCGCUGAUUGAUGUGCGAAAUCACUAUGAGAGCCGUAUUGGGUAUUUCGUCACUGGUGACGGGACCGUGGCUGUGAGACCUGCGGUGCGAAGGUUCAGUCAGUGGCCUGGGUAUGUUGUGAGGCAUGUCCUGGGCAAUGAUGUUUACAAGAAGCCUCAUGGGGUAGCGACAUAUUGCACCGGCGGUAUACGGUGCGAGAAAGGCGCGCGCUGGAUGCAAGAAGCCUUGGUGAGGGAAGGAGGGUGUAGUGAUGCGCCGGUGUACACGCUACAUGGCGGCAUUGUCGCGUAUCAGGCUUGGAUGCAAGAGGAGAUCAGUGCAGGGAGAAAUAUCCCCGAGGACAGCUUCUUCAAAGGGAGCAACUACGUUUUCGAUGCAAGAGGAGCCAUUGGUGCUCAAGAGGCGGUCUCAGCAUGUCACAGCUGCGGAAAACCGGAGGCUCGCCUCGGUAAAUGUGAGGUGCCUGGAUGCCACUUGGUGCUUAUUGUUUGCGAACUAUGUGAGCGGAGAGGUGGCAUAUGCUGCUGUGAAGACUGUCGCCAGGUCAACUUGGAACAGCAAGGCACAGCGUCAAAAAGCAGACGUAUGUGCAGAUGCGAGAAUGACCGAGAAAGGUCACUCUGGGGCGAUGGAGGAGCCGGGCUCGGUAAGGGCAAACGACGGUUAAAGACAGCUGCGCGAUAACACAAUGACAAGACGCCAACGAAUGAACUGGAGUCGGGCCCCCCUAGGACCUAAUUCAUGCGUUCGAUAGGCCCAGGGUUCAUCGUAAACAUACAUUCGCC